GUGGGCCGUGUGUGCGCGCGCGCGCUUUUGAGUGUGUUCCGUUCCAAAGCGCAGGGCGAUGUGCAAGAAUAGAUUUAUGGGGUGUGAGGGGAACUGCAUUUGAUGUAUGCGGUGCGAAUACGUACGAGUACACGAGUCAGUCUUGUUAAUCCGGUUGGCUACGCUAAGCGUUUGAAGAAAGCUACUGGCGGAACGAGAGGAUCACCCUGCAAAGAGUCGGCUCGAAGCCGGCGUGCAAUCGCCCUGUAGGCGGUGACCAAGGAAGAAAUCCCAAAAUCGGUCCCGAAUCUGUUUUCAGGUCAAGAUGAUAGUACAUUUAAUACAUAUCCCGUGGCUAUGCUCCACGUUGAUGCUCGCAUCAUUGGUACACUCAGCACAUGACAGCGAGAAGAUGAUGAAGAUGAAGAUUAAGAGGAGCUCCCACGUGAAAGGCAACCUGGCCAGUUUCGUGUCCCUUCCUUGCCAAUAUUCAAUGCUGGCCACAUUCCCGCCCUCUAACCACUCCUUCCAGGAAUCUCCACGCAUCAAGUGGACGAAAAUAGAGGAGGGCAAAGAUGGUAAAAUCAAGAAAGAAACUUUAAUUCUAGUGGCGCAUAACGAUGUGAUAAAAAUUGCUGCUGACUAUGACGGACGGGUGGCCGUGCCCAAGUACCCUGCGGUUCUGAGUGAUGCCACGUUGACCAUCUGUCGUCUACGGGCUAGCGACAGAGGGCUUUACCGCUGUGAGGUGAUGAUCGGCAUUGAGGAUGAGCAGGACACUGUCUCGUUAGAUGUCAUCGGUGUUGUCUUCCACUACCGGGCAGCCCUGAGCAGGUACUCUCUGAACUUUGAAAUGGCCAAGAAAGCAUGCCAGGACAACAGUGCCACCAUUGCAACUCCUGAACAGAUUCAGUCAGCUUACGAAGAUGGGUUUGAUCAAUGUGAUGCCGGCUGGCUUUCUGACCAAAGUGUCAGGUAUCCAAUUACCAAACCCAGACCCGGGUGUUAUGCAGAUAAGAAAGGACAACCAGGUGUGAGAACAUAUGGUCUACGAGAUCCCAACGAGACAUACGAUGUGUACUGUUAUGUUGGAGACACACACGGGAACGUGUUCCACAUCUCAGCGCCAGGAAAGCUGACGUUUUCAGAAGCCAAGUUGGAAUGCAGGCGCAGGAAUGCUCGGUUGGCUACCACGGGUCAGUUGCACGCCGCGUGGAAGCAAGGCCUGGACCGCUGUGACUAUGGCUGGCUGGCGGAUGGCAGUGUGCGUUACCCCAUCGUCCAUGCCAGGAUUCAGUGUGGAGGGGGGCUGGUCGGAGUGCGGACCAAGUACCGAUAUGACAACAGGACUGGGUUUCCGGAUCCUAACACAAAAUUUGAUGCCUACUGCUUCAGAGGAAGACCUGUAAGGGUGAAAAUACCGCAGAGAGUUUUGGAACCAAAGGUGGUUCAUGAAACUGCAGCUAAUCUGACAAUCGAGAAGGUAGAAUCAGAUGCUACUUCCACUCAUGUUGUGAAGUUUGGAAAAGAGACCAUCUCUCAAGGUUAUAGUACAGCUCCAAGUGGAACAUCAAGGCCUGAGGAUGAAGCCACUGUAAAAUUAUCAGUAGCUGGAGUAUCCACUGAUGAAGACAGAUUGAAAGUGUCUAUUGCUGAAGGACAGGUUACUGGACAUGGUGAGGAACUAACCAGACAUUUACACACACCAGCCCUCCCAGCCUCAUUCAAACCAUCAUCCAGGCUUGAAGCUCAAAGUGUAAGUAGUCUCACCGAAGAGGAAGGAAAAGUUCAAGUGAACACAGUCUCCACAGCUGCAGUGGAGGUUACAAAGGAUGAUGAAGAUAAGCUAAAAUUACCUGUAGCUACCAGCACUGCAGCAAGCUCGGAAGGAGCCAUCCAGAUCAGUGAUGAACCUACGAGCAGCACACAACUGGCAGACAUUGGUGCAGGGGAAAUAAUAAUCAAAUGUGCAAACAAGAGCACUCAGACAAUGAGAGUAGAGGACCAAACACCUGCGACAACUGCUAUUGUGACGGCAGCUAGCGUCCGUGAAUCAGUUUUGAUUGAGGAUGAAAAAGUUCAGAAUGAAACCUAUGAGGAAACAAAAGUUAAAGAGGAUGGCAAAUUUGUUGCGUCACCUGUAUCUCCGGUUUCAGCCAUGUCCGGAGUGCAUGAGCCUCUGACAGACUUGCCCCCUACAGUAUCCUUUGACCGCACUUAUGGGGUAACAAGAGAUCCUGACAGCAAGAAGAUUGUGUUGAUAGAUUCAAUGGGUACCUCGGCAAUGGCCUCCGAUGUAAUAUUCCCAUCCACAACAGAACAAGGAGAGGCCAAGCAUGUUGAAACAGUUACUUGGACAGAAACCAGCCCACUAACGACUUUAACUCAAAGUGAAACGGGUGACAUAGUGCUUGUCCCAGGAAGAGUAAGUGCAGUGACAAUUGAACAAGCAAUCUUGCCAUCCACCUUUUCAACAGUAAAACCAACAGCAUCCGCACCUCAAGUGCGCAUUGUUGAAGGUGAAGGGCCAACUCUAUCAGUGUCGGACACCAGCAAGAUAAGUAUGACAGAAAUGGAAUCCCCCUCUUCAGAGAUUGUAUCCAGUGGAGAUCCUGAAGCUGUUCAUAUUGAGUCAACUAAAUCUGUUGAAAAAUCCUCGGUUCAUUCAGUUACUUUUGAACCUCAGCAAUCAACUCUGCAUCACACAUCUAUCUCACCAGAAGGUACUGUGAAAAUCUCACCAGCCAAGCAUCAGCCUGGGAGCACCAUUGUGGAUGACUUUGUUACUAGUCAGGUACCAGCAUUAUCCACGGACUCUGCAUUAGUGGAGGAAACCGGGCCUCCUGUGUCAUCAUCGUUGGGGGUUUCUAGCGAGAAAGAUUUGUAUCAGAUCAGUAUGCCUGAGGCAGGCAAACCAAGAGUGACAAUCUCAACUGAAGGUCAAUGGAUUACGGAAUUUCACUCAGUUCCAGAUCGAGAUAGGCAGCAGGAGAAUGGCACAAAAUAUAUCGAUGAGGUUGCCAAGGAAAAGCAACCUGAAUCUGUAAGUUAUAUCACACUUCAACCAACGAAAGAUCAAAGUGAAGUGCACACUGCUGUUCCGGGUUUUGAACUUUCACCUGAAGUAGAUGUAACAACUGGGUUAUCCCUGAAUGAAUCGACAGGUGAUACUGGAACGGUCCUAAUGACCAGAGUUGUAAGUACUCAAAUAAAAGAGGCUGAAGAAAUGAUUCAUUUAUUUGAAAAUGGUCAUAAGGUAUCAUUUGAGACCCUAUCACCUGCAUUUGAUGAGAAAAAUCACACGUAUGAUAUUGUUGCCACCAUAGAAACUUCCGAGGCAAAAAGUGAAGAUCAUAUUACAACAAUAAUAACACCUCAGGAAUCAUUGUUAUCUGAUUUAAUGACUGUGGUUAAAACUCACCCAGAAGGACCAACACAAAUUGGUUAUGAAGGAACCAGUGCAGAUGUUCCCCAGUAUACAUCUUCACCAGCCGAAAGUUCGACCGGUGCAAGCCGUCAGGAAGAGCGAGAAGCCACUACAAUAAAAAGGACUCCCUUUGAACAAAUGACCGAAGAGGUCAGUGUGAUGACCCAAUACCCAUCAACACCCCAUUUUGAGGAGAAGGUUGAGUGUGAGCCAGAGAAAGCAAGAUCCCACCACCCUGGCUUAAUAAAGGAGACGACUCCUGAAAUUGAAAUACAAAGUUCUGCUAUAUUGCACAAUGAAUCAGUUGUCUCUACAGCCACAGAAGAAGAGAGGGAGGGUUCUGGUAUAAUGGAGGCAACUGUGGCCAAACACGAGGAAAUGACGGCAACCUUUCAAACACCAGAACCUGUUCAUAUCGAAGUCGUUUCCACGGCAAUUGUUACCACCCCUCAGGUCAUCGUGACAUCAAAAACAUCAACCAUAACAGCACCUUCUGCUGAAAUUAGUCCAGAUUCUGGUCUUUCUGUGCUAAAGCAUGACAUUAAAGCUACUGAGAAACCUAAGCAGUUAGCGACAAGUGCAUCUCCAAUUAUUAUUGAAAAUGAGCCCGGUGAGACAACAGCAGAAGAGACUGUAAUCAUCGGUGAAUCAGUUACCCAGCCUCCUGCUGUCUUGGAGAUUGGUUUAACUGACACUGUUUCACCACUGGAUAUUGAUAGUGAAUACUUCACUGCUCCAACCUCCAGAACAAAGCUGGUAUCGACAGCCUCAAAACCUUCACUUCCACACCCUAAGGCCACUCAGCUAGCCCCAUCAGCCAUCUCAUCAUCAGCUACAGAUUCCACGGCCCCGUUGGAAACCAGGGAACCACAAAAGGCUGUGGCUAUUGAUGAAAAAUUAAUUGUUAGCACAGCAGCACAGAAGCAAGUGUCAACAGAUCAAGAUCUUGUAGCAGGAGAACCUGAAGUUGAGAAAUCUACUCCAACAGAGCCACUGCCAUUAUCAGACAGACAGUCAACAGAAAGUCUGACUAAACCAGUGCAUUCCAAGAUACACGUCGUGCACAUUCACAUUGAUGUGGGAGAAGCAGGCAGUGGAGUGCCAGACUUGUCGGACUUCUUCCUACCACAAGUGCCCACAGCAGCUCCCAUUGAAGACGGCCAGCCGCCUCUUAGCUUUAUUCCUGGGAAGACUCGGAUGGAAUUUGACCCGCCAUAUGGGAAGCUGGACGGCGAGGAGGCCAGGGGAGACCAGGUUGAAAAGGUAUCUCCCAGUUUAAGUGCAAUACAAGAUUUGGAUAAUACAGAAAAGUACACUGAAAUGGAGGAGUAUUUGACAAUUGAGAGCAAGACUGCUGAAACUGAGGAUUUGGGAAUUUCCACAGAAAGACCAAAAGUAGUUUCCAGUGCUGAAAGUCCAGCUGAACAUACUGCAACUUUUGGAGUUACGGAGGACCAGAUGAAAAUUCAUUUUGGCGCAGAAGGUCCUUUUGAGAGAGAGCAUUGGCUCAUCUCACCGGCCACCCAUGAUACGGACUUACCGCGAGGUAUAACUGACUCAAUAGAAGUGGAACCGCACCUCCUUGGAAUUGUUACAACUGCAUCAGAAGACAUUACUUCACCCAAAUCUACCGUGAGGAUUACAACUGAAGGCAGCAUUUCACAAGAAGCAUUUGAUAAAGAAGUGGUUGAGGGUUCUGGCGAAGGGCAUAAACCAGCUUCAGACAAUCUGAGUGAAACCUCAGUGAAGCCAGUUACUGUAAGGAAACCAGAAAUAUAUUCAAAAAUCAUUGGAAAAGGCUCAAUAGAAGAAAUAGCAACACCGACUGAAAUGCACGCUGAAAUUUUAAUGAUGUCUACACCAUACAAACCCGGAGAUGCAGAAACAGUAGGUCUAUCACCUAUUACAAAGUUAACCGUCUCUCCCAGUAUUACUGUGCCAUCUUUAACCGAGGAAGAUCGAGGCGUUAUCUCGCAACAACAAACCAAAGAUGUCACUGAAUUAUAUGACAGUAGCGAUCGCAAGACAUUAAAGUCUGAAGAAAGAACAGAAGAACUAAAAUAUGAAAUAGGAUCCACUCCACCAAUCAAGAUGAUAACAAGCAGCUUUGCAGUUGUUACCGACAAACCUGCACUGGAUUCUUCAACAUCAAUAAAACCCACUGAGAAGAAAGUACAGCAUACUGAGAAAAUGGAAGAAGCCCCAAGCAUAGAAACAGAGAUCGGUUCUGGUGAAGUUCUGACCAAGGAUACAAUGAUUUUAUCACUGACGGAGAUUCCCACAGUGAUUGUUGAAAAGGAAAUCUUGAACACAUCUAUUUCAGUAACAAAAGCAGUGGGUGAAGGAGUUCACCAUGAUGACCUUGCAACAACCUUUGAAAAUAAAACUGAAGCAAUCACGCCAGAAGAAACAUUAGUGGUCCCUGAGCGCAAAACCAUCCCAGGCAAAGCACUCACGGAACCUCCACCAACUGAUGAGCAUGCUAUAACAGAAAAAAUUUCAGUCAAACUACCUGUCAUCCAAGAGUUUGAGAGUUCUGGUGAAGAAAGGUUUACAAGUGGACACGUUCAGUCUGAUCCAGAUCUUUCCACACUGGAGGUGAGCAGCACUGUGUCUCCAGUGACGAGCAGAACUGCACUGGAUGGGAAAACUCUGCACACCGCUGUGCCAGUGCUGCCUGGUCGAGGGACUGCAACACCUGAGGCACAGAGCGAGAAAGAAGGUUUACUGGUAGAAGUCCACACACAGGUGCCAGACACGUUGGCCACAACAGUUGUGGUUGGUGAUAAGGAAGCCAGAUCAACAUUGGCUUUAAUGGCAAGCAAAAUGGACGAAGGUGAACUUCCUGUCACUGCAACCCCAAUAAUUAAAAAAAAGUCCCAGGAAACCACAUUGGAAACUGCUUCAGACAUCACUGUAAUCAAAACCAUCCCAGAGAAAGUAGUUACGUCAUCAACUGUGAAACCUCCAGCAGCUGAUGAAUCUGAUAGAACGGAGAAAAAUUCCAUCAAAUUUCCUCUUUCUCCAGAGUUUGAGAGUUCUGGUGAAGGAAUGUCCACAAGCGGUCAGUUUGAUCCAGGUCUUUCCACACUGGAGGUGAGCAGCCCCUUAUCUCCAGUGACGAGCAGGAUUUCACUGGUUGGGGAAUCCCAGCACACUGUUGUUCCAGCAGCAACCAGUCGAGGGAUUGGAACAACCAUAUCUAGAUUAUCUGAGGCACACAGAGAGAGGGAAGGUUUACUGGUACAGGUGUCAGACACAUCGUCCACAUCAGUUGUGGAAACCUUAUCUACGUUAGAUUCAGUGACAAGAAAAAUGGACGAAGGAGAACCUUCUGUCACUGCUACCUCAGUAAUUAAAAAAAAGUCUGAAGAAUCCACAUCAGAAAUCCCAUCAGUUGCCACUGUAAUCAAAACUAUACCAGAGAGAGUAGAUACGUCAUCAACUGUGAAACCUCCAGCUAUUGUGGAAUCAUUAAUUACAGAGAAAGUUUCAGUUAGAGACAUUGCUUCUGCAGAAUUUGAGAGUUCUGGUGAGGGACCGAUCACAUCCAAACAAAUUAUUGACUCUGGUCCUGAUCUUUCCACUGUAGAAAUGAGCUCGACUGUUCGACCAGUGACUGCUAAAGUGCCGGUGGAUGAGGAAGCGCUCCAUAGCACGGCUACAGUGGCAGGUGAGAGAGGGGAGGAAUAUUCAGGGUCUGGAAUGAUGGAGACACCCACAGAGAUGGAAGGUGUGCCGGUCAAAGUCCACACACAAGCAGCAGACACGUCUACAGCAACAGUUGUGAUUGGGGACAGGGAGACCAAGUAUCCUUUAGUGUCCAUCCCCAGUGAAUUGGAAGAGGGAUUUCCCCGUGAUACUGUUACUCCUGUCAUUGAAAAAGCAUCUCAAGAAUCCACAUCAGAAGUUCCAUCAAUGAUCACUGAGAUCAAAACCAUCAGAGACAAAGUGCAGAUCAAGUCAACUGUGAAACCUCCAGCAAUUGAUGAAGCUGGUAUAGCAGAGAAAAUUUCCAAAUUCCCUCUUUUUCCAGAGUUUGAGAGUUCUGGUGAAGGAAUGUUUACAAGUGGACACACUGGUCGGUUUGAUCCAGGUCUUUCCACACUGGAGGUGAGCAGCCCCCUGUCUCCAGUGACAGACAGGACUUCACUGGAUGGGGAAUACCAGCACACUGCUGUUCCAGCAGCAACCAGUCGAGAGCCUGGAACACCCACAUCUGGGUUACCUGAGACAGACAAACACAGAGAAGGUUUACCGGGAAAAGACCACACACAGGUGCCAGACACAUCAGCUGCAACAGUUGUGGUUGGUGAUAUGGAAACCUUAUCUACAUUAGAUUCAGUAACAAGAAAGAUGGACGAAGGAGAAACUUCUGUCACUGCUACCUCGGUAAUUAAAAAAAAGUCUCAAGAAUCCACAUCAGAAACUCCAUUAGUUAUCACAGAGAAAAUAGUUACAUCAUCAAUUGUGAAACCUCCAGCAACUGUAGAAUCUGGAAUUACGGAGAAAGUUUUAGUUAAAGAACUUCGUCCUCCAGAGUUUGAGAGUUCUGGUGGCGAACUGUUCACUUCCAAAGGAAUUCAUCAGUUUGGACCUGAUCUUUCCACCUCAAGAAUGACUUCAACUGUUUCACCAGCAACGGGUAAAACUUUAGUGGAUGAGGGAGCUCCGCAGAGCACUGCUACAGCAGCACAUGAGGGAGAAGAGGAACUUUCAGGGUCUGGAAUGAUGGAGACACCCACAGGGAUGGAAGGUGUGCCAGUCAAAGUCCAGACACAAGCAGCAGACACGUCUGCAGCAACAGUUGUGAUUGGGGACAGGAAGACCAAGUAUACUUUAGUGUCCAUCACCAGUGAAUUGGAAGAGAGAUUUCCCCAUGAUACUGUUACUCCCGUCAUUGAAAAAGCAUCUCAAGAAUCCACAUCAGAAGCUCCAUCAAUGAUCACUGAGAUCAAAACCAUCAGAGACAAAGUGAAGAUCAAGUCAACUGUGAAACCUCCAGCAAUUGAUGAAGCUGGUAUAACAGAGAAAAUUUCCAAAUUCCCUCUUUUUCCAGAGUUUGAGAGUUCUGGUGAAGGAAUGUUUACAAGUGGACACACUGGUCGGUUUGAUCCAGGUCUUUCCACACUGGAGGUGAGCAGCCCCCUGACUCCAGUGACGGACAGGACUUCACUGGAUGGGGAAUACCAGCACACUGCUGUUCCAGCAGCAACCAGUCAAGAGACUGGAACACCCACAUCUGGGUUACCUGUGAGACACACAGAAGGUAUACUGGUAAAAGUCCACACACAGGUGCCAGACAUGUUGGCCACAAAAGUUGUGGUUGGUGAAAUCAGAUCUACGAUAGAAUCAAUGGCAAGAGAAAUGGAUGAAGGAGAACCUUCUGUCACGGCAACCCCAGUAAUUAAAAAAAAGUCCCAAGAAUCCAUGUCAGAAACUUCAUUGGCUAUCACAGAGGGCAAAAUGAUCCCAGAGAAAGUGGUUACAUCAUCAACUGUGAAACCUUCUGCAAUUGUGGAGUCAGGAAUUACGGAGAUUGUUUCAGUUAAAGAAGUCCUUCCUUCAGAGCCCGAGAGUUCUGGCGAAGAGCUGUUCACUUUCAAAGAAAUUCAUCAGCUUAGUCCUGAAAUUCCCACCUUCGAGAUGACCUCAACUGUUCUGCCAGUAACUGGUAAAAUGUUAGUGGAUGAGGGAGCUCUCCACAGCAUGGCUACAGUGGCAGGCGAAGGUGAGGAGGAACUUUCGGGGUCUGGAAUGAUGGAGACACACACACAGAGGGAAGGUGUGCCGGUCAAAGUCCACACACAAGCAGCAGACACGUCUGCAGCAACAGUUGUGAUUGGGGACGGGGAGACCAGGUAUGCUUUAGUGUCCAUCCCCAGUGAAUUGGAAGAGGAAACUCCCCGUGAUACUGUUACACCUGUCAUUGAAAAAGCAUCUCAAGAAUCCACACCAGAAGCUCCGUCAGUGAUCACUGAGAUCAAAACCAUCAGAGACAAAGUGGAGAUGAAGUCAACUGUGAAACCUCCAGCAGCUGAUGAAUCUAGUAUAACAGAGAAAAUUUACAUCAAAUUUCCUCUUUCUCCAGAGUUUAAGAGUUCUGGUGAAGGAAUGUCCACAAGUGGACACACUGGUCGGUUUGAUCCGGCUCUUUCCGCACCGGAGGUGAGCAGUCCCCUGUCUCCAGUGACGAGCAGGACUUCAUUGGUUAGGGAAACUCUACACACUGCCGUUCCGGUGCUACCUGGUCUAGGGUCUGGAACACCCACAUCUGGAUUACCCGAGUCACAGAGGGAGAGAGAAGGUGUACCGGUAAAAGUCCACACACAGGCGACAGAGACAUUGACCACAACAGUCCUCAUUAGUGAUAUUGAAACCAGAUCUGUAGCAGAUUCAGUGACAAGAGAAAUGGAUGAAGGAGAACCUCCUGUCACUGCUACCCCAGUAACGAAAAAAAAGAUCCAAGAAUUCACAUCAGAAAUCCCAUCCAUCAUAACUGAGAUGAAAACCAUCCCAGAGAAAGUAAUCAUGUCAUCAACUACGAAACCUUCAACUAUCUUGGAAUCUGGGAUAACAGAAAAAGUUCCAGCUAAAGUGGUUCCUGAAUUGGAGAGUUCUGGUGAAGGACAGAUCACUUCCAAACAAAUUGUUGAGUUUGGUCCUAAACUUUCCACCUUAGAAAUUAGUUCAGCUGUUCCACCAGUGACUGGUAAGAAGUUAGUGGAUGAGGAAAGUCUUCAGAGCACUAGCACCGUGGCACUUGAGAGAGAGGAUGGAUUUUCAGGGUCUGGUAUGAUGGAGAUACACACACACAGGGAAGGUGUGCCAGUCAAAGUCCACACACAGCCAGCAAUGGUUGAGUUUGGGGACAGGGAGACCAGAUUAGUGUCCAUCCCCAGUGAAACAAAAGAGGGAGUUCCCGGUGAUACUGUUACACCCGUCAUUGGAGAAGCAUCUCAAGAAUCUACAUCAGAAUCUCCACCAGUGAUCACUGAGAUCAAAACCAUCAAACUGGAGAUCAAGUCAACUGUGAAACCUCCAGCAACUGAUGAUUCUGGUACAACGGAGAAAAUUUCCAUCAAAUCCCCUCAUUUUCCAGAGUUUGAGAGUUCUGGCGAAGGAAUGCCUACAAGUGGACACACUGGCCGGUUUGGUCUGGCUCUUUCCACACUGGAGGUGAGCAGCCCCCUGUCUCCAGUGACGAGCAGGACUUCAUUGGUUAGGGAAACUCUACACACUGCCGUUCCGGUGCUACCUGGUCUAGGGUCUGGAACACCCACAUCUGGAUUACCUGAGGCACAGAGAGAGAGAGAAGGUGUACUACUAGAAGUCCACACACAGGUGUCAGACACAGUGACUGCAACGUUUGGCAUUGGUGAUAUUGAAACUGGAUCUGAAGUAGACUCCGUGACAAGAGAAAUGGAUGAAGGAGAACAUCCUGUCACUGGUAACCCAGUAAUUAAAAAAAAGAUCCAAGAAUUCACAUCGGAAAUCCCAUCCAUCAUAACUGAGAUGAAAACCAUCCCAGAAAAAGUAGUCAUGUCAUCAACUGGAAGACCUUCAACUAUUGUGGAAUCUGGGAUUACAGAAAAAGUUCCAGCUAAAAUGGUUCCUUUUCCUGAAUUGGAGAGUUCUGGUGAAGGACAGGUCACCUCCAAACAAACUGUUGAGUUUGGUCCUAAACUUUCCACCUUAGAAGUGACCUCGACUGUUCCUCCUGUAACCGGUAAAACACUGGUCGAUGAAGAAACUCUCCAGAGCAGAACUACAGUGGCAUAUGAGAGCGAGGUGGAAUUUUCCGGGUCUGGCAUGGCAGAGACACACACACAGAGGGAAGGUGCGCUGGUGGAAGUCCAUACAGAGCCAACAGACACACCUACAGCAACAGCUGAGACUGGCAAUAUGUUAGUGGAUGCUACUGUGACCCAUGAGAGAGGGGAGGAAUUUUCAGGGUCUGGAAUGAUGGAGACACACUCACAGAGGGAAGGUGCGCUGGUGAAAGUUCACACAGCACCAGCAGAUAAGUCUGUAGUAACAGUUGUGAUUGGGGAUAAGGAAACCAAAGAGAGGUUAGAGUCGAUCACAAGCACAAUGGAAGAAGAUGUUCCCCAUGAUACAAUUACACCUGUCAUUGGAAGAACAUCUGAAGAAUUUACAUCCAAAACACUAGCAGUAAUCAAUUUAACUAUGAAACCUCCAUCAAUUCCUGAUAUAACAGAGAAUGAUUUGGACAAAAAUCCUUCUCUCCUGGACAUUGGUGAAAGUUCUGGUGCAGAGGACUUUAAAGUCAGGGGAGUAAUUGACUUCUCUUCUGAUGUUACUCCUUCUGAAAUUAGUAGCCAAACAGUUACCCUAUUGAACAAAUCUUCUUUGGCUGUGGAAGCGCUCCAUCCUAUGGUUACAGCUGCAUCUGGAACAGGGGAAGGGACCUCCACAUCUGGGCCAAAGAGCCACACAGGGGUGGGAGAUACAUUGGUGGCAACAGACCUUGGAUCAGAAGACAGAUUCCCAGCAAUGGGUUUCGAUGGCGAAGGAGAAGACAGAUCUGUAUCGGUUCCAGCCCCAGGUGUAAUAGGCGAGGAUGCUCACCCUGCUAUUGUAACACCGCCGUUUGAACAAUCCACGUCUACAGCAACCACAGGCAGUACAAUGAUUGAACGAAUACAAGGGAUCAUGGUUACAGAGCCUUCUGAGAUACCACCAGUAGCCAGUGCAACAGAGAAGGACUCACAGAAACAGGCCCCUUCUUCAGUUGUAAGGGGUUAUGGUGAAGAAGCAUCAUCUUCCAAAGACUUUACCAAGACUUCAGCUUCAGGUUUGACAGGUGCUGUAACAUUAGGUGCAAGUGUUCCAACUGAUAAGGGAGUCCUCCAUACUGACAUUACCCUGGCAAUGGAAGAAGUCAUGUCUGCAAAGCCUGAAGCACACACAAAAUCAGCCGAAGGAUCCACUGCAUCAAUAAUAGAGAGAGCUACAGAGAUUCAGUCCAGGGAAGUUGAAAGUUCAGGUGAAGAAAUUCUCACCAUGACUGUUCAAACAUCUGUCCUGGGUACUUCUGACAUAGGUACCAAGGCCAAGGAUAUCACUUCGGAGCCCAGCCGGCAAAUUUCAGUGACAAGGAAACCAACAGCAAUACCAUCGACGGACUCCUUAGUUGAAAUUACAACCACAAGUAAGAAACUUACAGAUGUUGAACUGAAGUCUGAGAUGAGUACGGUGGGACUAAAACUAAAGGCAGUGUCAGAAGGAAGUGUUGAGUCAGUUCAGUCAGAAGAAGGAGGAAGCAGUGAAAGUGAAGAAGACUCAAGUGAGAGGACAGUGCAGAAAACAAAAGAAUCUACAGGAGAAGGAUUAAGCACAGGUUCAAUAAUUGAACAGGAGAGCUCUGGUGAAGAGGAAAGUCAGCCGAUCACCAUCGCUGCACAUGUCAUUUCAACACUGGGAACACGAGAGAAAACAGAACAUAAAUCACAACCGACUGAAACAUACGAUAGGCGUUCUUUAUCUCCCAGGGAACCAUCAUUAGGUGUUCAAGAAGGAGUCAGUACAUUGACUGAAGAAGUAAGUCCUUCUACCUUAACAGCGAUAAAGUCGGAUGAUCAGCCUUCCACUCAUUCUAUUCCAUACCUGACAAGUAAAGAGCUUUUAUCAACACCUGUCCCAACUGAAGGGGUAAAUGAUGGAUUUCAACCUAGACUGGUUCAACCAGUAAGCACCAAAGAAGGUGAUCUCAUGAAUUAUACCCAAGUCAUCCAGAGCAUUGAAGAUAGUCAAAUGGAUCACAGGAAAUUUGGAAUUAUGUUGCAAACAGUUAAACAACGGCUGAAGGAUGGGAUGACAGAGCCUUCAGUGAAGACACCAACAUGGUCACCUGUCUUCCUUGAAGAAGAUGAUGACAAGCUGCCUGCAUAUGGGAUUGGUGUUGGCUCUCCUGAAAAUAUUAGCAUCAUUUAUAUUAAUGGGAAGGACAGUGGCAUGAGUAUUAUGGAGGAACAGAAGAUUGGGACCACCACAAAAUCGGACGGUAUGAUAGAUGCUGAUAGAAAACUAGAAGAUGUACGACAAGAAAUUGAAGUAAAAAUUUUGUCUUCAACUCAUCUGCCAGCAGAUAAUGCAUCAAAAAGUUCUGGGAUUAUCCAAGCUGAGACAGUGGAGUAUCAUGAUAUUGAAUUACUCAGGAAGUAUGUUGAUGGGUCAGGAGAAAUAUCUUCACCUUUAAGGACAGUAACACCAGAGCUAACACAAGCAACCAGCACAACUGCUAGAGCAGUUUCCUUUGAUGAUAUCAGAACAGGUGUGCCUGAGCUUCAGACAAAGGACACAUUCCCUGUGGUUAUGAGUACAAUUUUUCCAAGAAGAGUUGAAGACACCUCUCAAGAAACCGUGCCUACUUCAUCCACUGAAGAAACCAAGGAGAGUGUAUCUCAAGUAGAUUCUGGUGAAGAAGAGAUGCAUACAACUCUGAAGGCUUCUUUGAAGGAAAUUGAUGGUCCGACCAUAGAAGAUGCUCAGUCCGCAACUGAGCCUGCAAUAUCCUAUAUAUUUGAAGAGGAAUUUUCUGGAGACAGCAUUGCAAGGACUGAAGAUAAAAUAUUCAGCCACGUCCCAGUUGCUGUUAGCACCUCUACACCAACCUCAUUUGAACUUGAUUCUAAAAUCAUUAUGACUGAAAGUUUACCAGCAAAAUCAACUCCUGUGCAUUCUACUGAAGAGCCAUCUCAAAUUUUGACACAGGAACCAGGAAAACAUGUUGAAGUAUCCACUGACAGCAUUAUCUCAUCCUCUGCUAAAGAUUUAUUACAAGAAGAAGAAAGUACAUCAGUAAAGUUCUCUGAAGAUACACAUGAGGAUGAGUUUAAAGCCACACUACCAAUAAUACAGGGAGCUAAACUGGUAGAAUCAGAAACAUUGCCUUCACUGCUGACUUUAGUCAAUGCUUCUACAAAGGAGGAGGCAGGAAAAAGCCAGGUAAUUUUACAGCCAACCGUUCCUGAAAAGAUUUCACAAACGCCAGAAAAGGGGACAGAGGAAGGAAUGGAUAUCAUUACUUCAUCAGAACUUGAUGUGACAUCACGACACAUGGAAAGCACAACAACAGACUCUGUUCCCCUUGAAACUUUAGAGGAAGGAAUAAUCACACAAACAAUAGGUUAUUCAGCAACGGAACAAACAAUAUCUUUACAUGCAGCAAGAAGACCCGGUGAAGAGCUUGGUAUAGGAACAACAACAGAUUCCCACAGAGUCACGCUUAAAGAAGCAGAGUCAAUAACACAAAAUAUUUAUGUUGAGAUUUCUAAAGAGACUGUUAUCAGUGUAACACCUCUAUGGCCAUCUACGGAACGGAAAGAUGAAAAAGGCGUAGCUGAAUCUGUCAGAGUCACAGUUCCCCCAACUUUAUAUGAGAGCGCGACGGAGAAGCUGAAAUCAUUUGACGAGCAGGAACCAACGCUGGUAUUAACAGGUCAUCCGCCAGCGACCUCUGUGGUUGAGUCGUUGGGCCAUGGUAAACCAAUAACUGGUGAACCAAUAACCGGACACGAGACAUCAUUAACUAGUGGAGAGGCUGUUCACAUACCAGUACAUAUUAACCCAUGUGACGAAAGCCCUUGCCAACAUGGAGGAAGUUGUUUCGCACGGGAAACCAGCUUCAUAUGUACCUGUUUGCCUGGAUAUACUGGAGAACAUUGUGAAAUAGAUAUUGAUGAGUGUCAGUCGAACCCUUGCCAAAAUGGAGCCACGUGCAUUGAUGGCGUCAACUGCUUCACUUGUGUCUGCUUGCCAAGUUAUGGCGGUACUGUCUGCGAAAAAGACACAGAGAACUGCGACUUUGGAUGGCACAAGUUCGAAGGACAUUGCUACAAGUACUUCGGCCACCGGCGCAACUGGGAGGACGCGGAGAAGGAUUGUCGCCUGCAGGGAGCUCACCUGUCCAGCAUCCUGACGCACGAGGAGCAACUCUUUGUGAAUCGUAUUGGCCAGGACUACCAGUGGAUUGGCCUCAAUGACAAAAUGUUUGAACGCGAUUUUCGUUGGACUGAUGGAAGCCCUCUGCAAUAUGAAAACUGGCGGCCUCACCAGCCCGAUAGUUUCUUCUCUUCAGGUGAAGACUGCGUGGUUAUGAUCUGGCAUGAGGACGGACAGUGGAAUGAUGUUCCGUGCAAUUACCACCUUACCUACACGUGCAAAAAAGGCACAGUUGCUUGUGGCCAACCACCAGUGGUGAAAAAUGCUAGAACAUUUGGGAAGUUGAAGCCUCGAUAUGAAAUAAACUCCAUGGUCCGAUACCACUGCAGCCGUGGCUUUAUCCAGCGGCAUUUUCCAAUCAUUAAGUGUCGGACCAAUGGAUACUGGGAUAAGCCAAAGGUUGCCUGUUUAACACCUUCCAUAUAUCAGCAAAAUGCCCCCAAGUACAUCCAAGGAUUUUAUCGAAAAGGAACAAAAAGUUCAAAUGGCCACGUCCGACACCAGCAUCCCUGGAUAAACAAAUUAUAUUCGAGGCACUGACUACACCACUGAAUGGUGGGAAAACUGUUCUUUGCAAUUCGAGCCAAACCUGUUCCAAACAGUGCCUAGAGUAACACAUUGGAGGGAGGGGUGGGUUGGGAGGUAAGAGAUUGGGCAGGGUGGGGGAUGAUUUGAUUUGAUGAAACAAAACAUUUGGGAGAGAUCAAACAGCAGUUUCUUCAAAUGUGAUUAAUAACAAAAGAGGACUGCAAAACUCUUCAAGGUGAUAUUAAUGAGUUAAAUUAAAAUGAAAUUGUAGUUCUGUUGCUUGUUCGUGUAUUCCAUGGUACAAAUAUUGCUACAGACGUUGCAUAAGUUGACAAUUCUCAUGCCAUUCAGUAAUGCUUUACAAAUAAUGGGUAAACGUAUUUAUAUGUGGAAAAAACUGUUCUUAAUCUGUUUAGAGCAUGUAGAACAUUUUUGCACCUUUAAUCCAUCAUGAGCUUUCCUUCGUUUCCUCCCUUUCAGUAGUUACAGCCAUAUCAGCAAUCAUAAUUUAACAUUAAACUCACCCUUUUCACUUUUCCAAGCUAAAUUUUCAGAUAGCAGAAUGAAUGAACUUUUUAAAAAUUUCAAAACUGUUAUUACAUCAUCUAGUGGAGCGUUUAAUCCACCUUCUGGCAACAUUUACAGUAUUGCAAGCACCCUCAUGAAGGGUUGGAGAAAGUGUUUAUGCCAUUAUUUAAGAGGUUGCCCAAGGAGCAUUUUGGCUGUUGUUCCCAGAUAUACAAUUCUGAUCUCUACCAUAAGCAAUGUAAAGUCUACAGAUAAUGGAAAAGGCUAACGGUGCAUAAACAUGAGAGAAAACUAUUUUUGUAGAACUUGGAUGAGUAAUUGUCUGAUUUACAAGUGUUCAACAACUCCCUUCCUCAAACAGUCUUUCACUCCUACAGCUGCAAGACCCCUGUGUAGUGUAAUUCUAAGGAUGCCAGGUGGGAUCAAGCCCAGAGACUGCAUUGUGAAGCUGCUCUUUAACUCACAUGGACACAAGCAAUCAAAAUAGCAAAUGCAAAAAGGACGCUAUGUUACCUUUGCAAAAACCAGUUGGUUCUUUGAGGUCAAAGUGCUAAUAUAUUAACUUUCUCAGAUAUGGCAGCUUUUUUGCGGCCCUCACUAAUCACACUACGAUAUGGAGCUGCCUUUUUCUAAGGGUGAAUAUAAACCUCCAGUUUUUUUGUAAAAAAAAACCCAAAAAAAUAAAUUAAUUUUUGUAUAUAUCACCAUCCUAGUUCAUUUUUUAAAUGAAUGUUUGUCAGAAUGUGACAGUUGUAUAGUGUGUGAUGAUGACGUAUGGCCAUUUCGUUUAAUUGAUGGGUUUUUAUUAAUUUGCCUUAGAAGGACUGGAUAGAAUAAAAACAAGCUAUAUUUUUGUAACAUUUCUGCUGUUAACCCUUGGGUAUCUGUAUAAAGCAACACAUGCUUUUAAAAUUAGCACAAUGGAAACAGAUUAAAAUAUUUCAUUUUGAAUUGAAUUUCAAGGGAAUAAUUUUUAUAUUUUGAAAAUUUUCAUUCGAUGUCUAUGGGAAUGGGUGGAGAUUUUCUCACUGAAGGGGGAGUCAAAUCUCACUGAUUUAUUUAAAUUCACCUGUGGAAAGAUUUGAAUAGAAAAAUUAUUUCUAAAUCCAAGGGUUAACAUGGUCAGAGCAAAAAGAAUGUCCGAUAAUUAAAACUGAUCUGGCCAGCAGCAGAUUUUUUUUUUUGAAAUGUUUUGCAGUAAAUUCAUUUUUAAAAGGAAAAUAACCUGGUUACUUCACCCAAUUGUCUUUUUUUUCUUUUUAUGAACAGCAAUAGAAAUGACUCUGUAUGAAAUUCUCCCUUUGCAAUGCACACAAAGCAAUACUGUAUUUAUAUUUUAAAUUGUAUAGUGUAUAAUGUGAAUGUUUGGAAUUUUGUGACUGAAAUGCUGAUAAACUUUUGUUACUUUUUUUACAUGUGUUUCACCAAAGAAACAAAAAAAACAAACUUGGCCAUUCUGUUUCUACUUUCCUGCAUUAGACCUACUGAUAGAACUGACUUGAAACACAUUAUUAAAGAAAAUAAUGAAUCCUCUGGUAAAACUGC